CCAGAGGACGAGCCGGGGGCCGGAGCCGGUUUUCUGCGGCGGCAGCCGACAGGGGAACAGCGGGAAACCUUGUGGCGCAAAUUAUACCGCGCGUCUGCGCGCUGCAGGCCUCUUGUAUGUGCCAAGUGUUUUUCUUAAACGCCACGUCCAGUCGAUCGUGCCGCAUGAAUCAAAACUGAAUUAGACGAUCUCCAUAAUGUGUGGUUUGCGUUAUAGGCUUUGUUCAACAGUCAUGUCAUCACUGCAGUUGUUUACAAAGCUACAUAUCUUCAAUCGAUCCAGACCACAGCGAAGAGACCCCUGGAACAUAGUGAUCUGUCCCUCACCAGACUUCCCAUCCUUUAAGAUGUCCCAGUCCACCGUUACUGAAGAAGGAGGCACCUUCGAGCACCUCUGGAGCUCCCUGGAGCCGGACAGCACCUACUUCGAGCUCCCGCCAGGCAGCCAGCCAGGUGAGCGGCCAGUGCCGUCCACCAGCACCCCGGGGAGCCACUGCAGCGCCGCCGAAGUGUCCAUGGAUGUCUACCACAUGAGGGACAUGAAUGACAAUGUGAUGUCCCAGUACAACUUGCUGAGCAGCAGCAUGGAGAGCCUGGGGAGCCGCGCAACGUCCGCCAGCCCCUACAGCUCGGAGAACGCCUCCUCGUCGGCCGUGCCCACCCCCUCACCCUACUCCCAGCCCAACUCCACCUUCGAGGGCCUGUCGCCUGCGCCUGCCAUCCCCUCCAACACCGACUACCCCGGGCCGCACACCUUCCAGGUGUCCUUCCAGCAGUCCAGCACCGCCAAGUCUGCCACAUGGACCUACUCUCCCUUGCUGAAGAAGCUCUACUGUCAGAUUGCCAAGACCUGUCCAAUCCAGAUCAAGCUGUCCUCCUCUCCUCCACAUGGCAGCAUCAUCAGAGCCAUGCCCAUCUACAAGAAGGCGGAGCAUGUCACGGAAGUGGUCAAACGCUGCCCCAAUCAUGAACUGGGGCGAGAUUUCAAUGACGGUCAAGCAGCCCCGGCCAGUCACCUGAUCCGAGUGGAGGGGAAUAACCUCUCUCAGUAUGUGGAUGAUCCGGUCACUGGCAGACAGAGCGUCUUCCUCCCCUAUGAGGCUCCACAGGUGGGGACUGAGUUCACCACCAUCCUAUAUAACUUCAUGUGCAACAGCAGCUGUGUGGGUGGCAUGAACAGGAGACCCAUCCUCAUCAUCAUCACUUUGGAGACCAGGGAUGGUCAAGUGUUGGGCAGAAGGUCAUUCGAAGGUCGGAUAUGUGCGUGUCCUGGCAGAGACCGCAAAGCUGAUGAGGACCACUUUAGGGAACAACAGGCUCUGAAUGAGAGUGUGGCCAAAAAUGGCGGCGCCAGCAAGCGCAACUUUAAACAGUGUCCGCCAAAUAUUCCUAGUCCAAAUAUUAACAUGAGGAAGCGGCGACAUGGUGAAGAAGAGAUUUACUAUAUUCCUGUUCGUGGUAGAGAGAACUUCGAGCUGCUGAUGAAAAUCAAAGACAGUCUGGAGCUGGUGGAGUUGGUGCCUCAGCAGCUUGUCGACUCCUACAGACAACAAACACAGCAGCAACUUCUGCAGAGACCGAGUCAUAUCUCAUCCCCCACUUCGUACUCUCCAAUGUCCAACAUGAACAAGCUUCAUGCCCACGGAGGCCUCAGCAAACCGCCCUUAGUCAACCAGCUGGUGGGGCAGCAGCCCCAGCAACAUCCCUCUGCCCCCAACUCCAUAGCUCAUAUGGGUUCAAACAUGCUCAACAACAACCACCACAUGCAGGCCAACGGUGAUAUGAACGGUGGCCACAGCAGUCAGACUAUGUCUGCUUCCCACUGCAGCCCGCCCCCUCCGUAUAACCCUGACCCCAGCCUCGUCAGUUUUCUAACCAGCCUGGGCUGUCAGCACUUCAUUGAGUACUUCACCUCCCAAGGUCUCCAGUCUGUCUACCAUCUUCAGACUCUCUCCAUGGAGGAUUUAGGAGCACUGAAGAUACCGGAGCAGUCCCGCCUUGCCAUCUGGCGAGGUCUGCAGGAAAUGAAACAAGGUGCUCCCAUGCAACUGCCCCCCUCCACUCAUCACCAUGACUACCAUGGCCAGCAGCUUAUGCGCUCCAGCAGCAACAUGGCUGCCUCUGCAAUGGCGGCGAUCGGGGCUGCUGGCGGGGAACUGCAACGCCAGCGCGUCAUGGAGGCCGUGCACUUUCGUGUCCGCCACACCAUCACUAUCCCCAACAGGCCGGGUGUUGUUGGGACGUCAGGGAUGGCAGCAGCUGCUGACGAGUGGGCGGACUUUGGUUUCGACAUGCCUGACUGCAAGAUGUCACGUAGCAAGCACUGCAUCAAGGAGGAGUUCAUGGAAAGUGACGUUCACUGAGGCCAAAAAAGAAUCUGGGGACUGUUUUGGCAGCAUUGUUGUCACAAUCAGCCUAUUUACAGAGUAAAAGAAAUGUGGACAGGGUCUUUAAAUGCGCAGGUUUGCUGUCAUAAUUGAGUCCAAGUGAUUUUGCAGAGAAACAAUUUCUGCUUUGAAUGUGGGACAAUUUCAGUGUAUUAAUGCACUUCCCUGUGUUGUCUUCAUUUUGUGCUUGAACAGAAGGUUAAACAUUCGAUACCACAAAGGACGUCUCAAGUCUACACGCAAGUAAAUUCCACUGCGACAAUGCAAUUGUCAAGGCAACGCCAUUGAAAGAACAGAUUGUUUGGACUGUACUUUUUGGGACUAUGAUAAGUGCGUGUUACAGAGGAGAAAUAUCAAUUGUUCUGGGAAUGUUGUUUGGUCUCACUGUGCAAUAACAGAUAACACAUUAUUUUAACAGCAUCCACUUACAUUUAUGUCCAACAUUAACUGUAGCAAUGGUACAAUCGCACAAUAGACAUAUCACCAUUUUCUAACUUUCUUGUUUCGAUUUUUUUUAAUCAUAAAAUUAGUUCUCACCUGACUUAUUUAUUGUCCUUUCAGUUUUUCUCCAUUUGUGCAAAUGUAUAUACUGUAACUUGUAAAUGUUUUAGACUAGAUGUUGUUGAAAAUUGGUAUUUAGAUCCAAAAUAAAAAUGUGUGUCUCCUGUUUGAACCAAAUGUAGAGAGGUGAAUGAUAAAUCAGUUAUGGGAACGCCUAGUCAUGUACAUAUUUUUUAAUGGAAAUGGUAAUGUGAUGACUUUUAGUUCAGUAUGGUCUCAUCAUUUCAUUGUUAAAAUUGUUGAAUGGGCUUUGGUAUAGUGUGUAUUCAAGAAAAGUUCCAUUAGGUUAACAAGUAAUAUCAAAAGUUAGACAUUGCAUCCAUUGAUUUUUUUUAUCAAGCUAUGAUAAAUACUGCAUGAAUUCAUGUGUAGGAACACAUUGCAAAACAGCUGAGGGAUGAAAUAUCAGAAACAGUAUUAUAUCUUAAUAGCAGGGAUUUAAUCAGAGCUGUGAAUAACAAAUUAACAAUGGCUUCCCUGUUCAUCAAGACACCAGACAAGACAGUAGCAUUUUUGUCCUUCUCUGUGUAUUUUGUAAAAACCUUGCAGGGCAGGGUCCUCAUACUGAUUAUACCUGUGUACCUAGUGUGUAUAUUCAUAGUACUUGAUUGUGGAUAUUUGAUAGCAACAUUCCAGUUUUAUUCCUAGAUUGCCAUUCAACAUGAUUAAUCACGGUGCAAUUUUAGUAUAGUGUCAAUUUUAUUGUAGUAAGUACCUGACUUUGUAUCAUGACAAUAAUCCAUACCUGAUUUGCAGUCAUUUUCAUCCGACAACUGGUCAAAGAAAGAGCACUUUAAUGCUUCAAAGGUAAAACAAUUUUGGAUUAUUUGUGCUUAUGAUCAGUAUUAUGCAUUAUCAUUAUGUAAAUAGAAAUAGUGCUUUGUUUUAAUAUUCCUGGUUAAUUGUUUUUUUCUUUUCAUAUACAAAGCAACCUGUCUAACUAUUGCUGUCCAUCAAUGCCCGUUAGUUUCUGAGGUUGUAAAGUUCAGUGUUCUGCCCC